CGCUAUCGCUAGGCUCUCUCUCCCAUUCUUGUCGAGGAGGUACGUUUGUCUAAACGGUAGCCGCGCGUGGGCAUCCAGACGUAGAUCAUCAGUGGGGCAUGGCCGCAGGCGCGGGCAAGAAGAUGGGCGGCGGCGUGCCGGCGCUGGGGUGGUGGCUCAUGGUGGUCGGCGUCGUCCGCCUGGCCGUCACCUGGUCCGGCUUCUUCGACGCCGCGGCGCUCGGCUCCACCACCUACGCCCACGCACAGGUGACCGGCGUUCACGGGCGCACGUUCGGGGUGUGGACGCUGCUCUCGAGCACGCUCUGCUUCCUCUGCGCCUUCAACCUCGACUGUAGGCCAAUCUACGUGGCCACCCUCAUGUCCUUCGUCUACGGCUACGGCCACUUCAUCCUCGAGUACCUCGUCUACCACACCUUCACCGCCGCCAACCUCGCCACCUUCGCCCUCGUCGCAGUGACAUCGAUUGUAUGGAUGCUGCUUCAGUGGAACUCCCAUGGCCAUGGACCCCGGGUUGCUGCCAAGCAGUCGUGAUGAAGCACUAGUGCUUUUCCUAUCAGCCGAGAGAUUAUUAUGCAUCCCCCUGUCGAUGAGUCACUGAAUAAAUGCCUGGAGAUAGAUCCAGUUUAGAGUCAUGCACUUCGACAUCAUGGAAACCUGUGAUCUUUUAGUUUUUCAUGUUUGUUUUCUGUUAGUAGGGAACGGCUUCCUCAAUCUAACAUCGUGCAAUGAGGCAUGCAUGCCUGUUUGUAGUAAAACCGAAGUAUUGUCUAAAAAUCUUA